CAAUUUUUUUGUGUGUGACGACCUCGAAGUUUUGGGAUCUGGAUGAGUCAGAAAAGUUGUAAAUUUUCUGUUUUUUAUUUGCGCUAAUUAACUGCGAAAAUGGGUUUGUUCGGGAAAUCAUCCCAGCGAGAUCCCAAGGAGCAGGUGAAUGAAUGGUCAGCAAAAUUGCGGAAGGAAAGUCAUCAGCUGGACAGACAAAUCCGUGGCAUACAGCGGGAGGAGGAGAAAGUGAAGCGAGCCCUCAAGGAGGCAGCUAAGAAGAAUGACAGGGACACAUGUACAAUCCUCGCCAAAGAGAUCAUUCGUGCAAGGAAGGCCGUUACGCGGAUUUACACGAGCAAGGCACACCUGAACUCCGUCCAGUUGCAGAUGAAGAAUCAACUGGCAACGCUGCGAGUGGCUGGUUCGCUGCAGAAGUCAACGGAAGUCAUGGCAGCAAUGCAGAGCCUUGUGAGAUUACCCGAAGUAGCUGGGGUGAUGCGAGAAAUGUCCCGAGAGAUGAUGAAGGCGGGAAUUAUUGAGGAAAUGAUGGAGGAAACCUUUGAAUCGAUUGAGGACACUGAGGAAAUGGAGGAGGAGGCCCAGGGUGAGGUUGACAAAGUAUUAUGGGAGCUAACGGAGGGUAAAUUGGGAGAUGCUCCACUUCCCCCAACGGCAAAUGUGGCCAAAGAGGAAGUUCCUGCUGCAGCAGCUGAGGAAGAGGAGGAGAAUGAGGAAGAACUCCAGGAGAUGCAGAGUCGCCUUCAGGCCUUACGGUCGUAAUCACCCAUGCGUGCACUUGCUUCAGCAUAACAAUUAAUUCUUCUUGAGAAAUAAGCUACAAAUUAAAUUUAGAAUUCAUGUGACUUAAGUUUGCUUCAGCUCUUCUCUAUGUGUCUCCUCUCAAUUCUUAUUAGAUCGCAGGUUCGUCUUGACUAGUAAAAAGGUCUCCAGCAGGCUCCAAUUGAAAAAAGAAAAAGAAUGAAAAGGCAAAGCACCGAAGGUGGAAGCAUCUUAUUGCAACUCUUGAACUUUUAUUGUGUUUUAUAAUAUUACAAAUAAUACACUGAAAUUCUAAUAUAUUAUUAUUAAAUUUAAUAAUUUAAUGAGAAGAUUUUUAAAACUCAAAA